AUGUUUGCACACCUUACACCAACAACACUCUUUGAAAAAGAAUGUGCGUUUGAAAUAUUUGCACAUAUUUCUUCGUCACGUUACCCAGGGAGGAUGAAGUUGUUAGUGGCUACUGUUAUUUGUGGGGUCUGUGUGGUGUUUGGAAAGCCUGUUGAUGAUGCUGUUAAACUUGAAGCUAUCGACAGUGGAUUCUUGUUUCAAGGAGAUAUGGUGAUGAGUAAACUCCAAAUUGAUACAGCACUGAAGGGUGGUGAUGUAGAUAAAAUUAAUGCUGGUUAUGCUAUACAAAAGUCAACUUGGUAUAGAUGGAAAAACGGUGUCGUACCAUAUGUUUUUCAUUCCAGUAUAAGUGGUAUAAAGGGGAUCAAAGGACCAACUGAAAGAGCGAUUAAGAAUGCUAUGGAGGCAUGGGAAAAGAAAACUUGUAUCAAAUUUAAACCACGCACAAAUGAACGUGAUUAUGUUGAAUUCAUUGAUGAUGGUUUUGGAAAGUGCUACUCUCACGUUGGUAAGACAGGAGGAAAACAAAAACUUUCAUUAGGAUUCGGCUGCUUCACUAAAGGCAUUGCUAUCCAUGAGAUUGGCCAUGCUUUAGGAUUACAUCAUGAACAAUCGAGACCAGAUCGAGACAACUAUGUCGAAAUAGUUUGGGAUAACAUCAAAGAGGACAUUGCCCGCAUCGUUAUCACAGGAAUAUAA